GUCGGGUGUUUUUUCGACAAUGGGCAUCUCACUUUGCCAGCGAGAUUGAGGACGAAUCUUCAACAACGCCGACGAUGGCACCAGUACAAGCCCGCGUCAAGAAGGCUCCCAGGUCAUGGGACGCCCUGACGCCAACUCUUGCGCAAUGGAUUCUCGACUACCUCUCCUCAAUGGGGUAUGAACAACCGACUCCUGUGCAAAAAUCAUGUCUUGAAAUUUUUCGAGGAAACAAGGACGUGGUGGUAGAGGCAGUCACUGGCAGCGGCAAGACACUUGCUUUCCUAAUACCAGUGGUUGAAAAACUCCUUCGCUGUGAAGAACCACCAAAACGACAUCACGUCCAGGCUAUCAUCAUCUCGCCAACACGAGAGCUUGCGUCCCAGAUCUACAAUGUGCUCGUGGGUCUCAUCAAGUUCCACGCCUCUUCUGCCGACCUUCUACCCUUUGCCAAAGACGACGAGAAACGUCCUGCCACAACAGAGCCGGUAAUCGUGCCCCAGCUCCUUGUAGGAGGCACAACGAAGGCCGCCGAAGACAUGAGCACAUUUCUACGACUGUCGCCGAACCUCCUGGUGGGCACGCCGGGACGUCUUGCUGAGCUGCUAUCAAGCCCCUAUGUCAAGGCGCCCUCCUCCUCUUUCGAAGUCCUGGUCAUGGACGAAGCCGACAGGCUGCUGGACCUGGGCUUCUCCCAGGAACUCACCCGGAUCCUGGGCUACUUACCCAAGCAGCGCCGUACAGGCCUGUUCAGCGCCUCGCUAAGUGAAGCAGUAGAGAGGCUCAUCACCGUAGGCCUGCUGUACCCCCACAAGAUUACUGUGCGAGUGAAAAGCCUGAAAGAUGGCGGCAUUAUCCAAGAGAGGAAAACGCCCAUGUCAUUACAGAUGUCCUACAUCGUAACACCCGCAAGCCACAAAAUACCUGCCUUGUGCCAGCUGCUAGAAAAGGUCGAGCCGCGCCCCUCCCGCUCCAUCGUCUUCUUCUCAACCUGCUUCGCCGUCAAGUACUUCGCGCGCGUUCUCCACGGCAUUCUCCCCUCCGGCUUCUCCAUCGUCUCCCUCCACGGGAAACUCGAGCCCCAGGUGCGCGAGAAGAAUUUCGAGCGCUUCGUCAACGCCACCUCCCCGACAGUCCUCCUCACAACCGACAUCGCCGCCCGCGGCCUCGAUAUUCCCCAGGUCGACCUGAUCGUCCAACACGACCCGCCCACCGACACCAAGGUCUUUAUUCACCGCUGUGGGCGUGCCGGUCGUGCCGGGCGCCGGGGCCUGGCCGUCAUCAUGCUCCAACCCGGCCGCGAGGAAGGCUAUGUGCAGCUCCUCGACGUUCGCCAGACACCCAUCACGCCCCUCGACAAGCCCCCCAUCUCCGUCGCCGACGCCGAGGCCGAAGAAACCUCCUCCAAGAUCCGCGCCCAGGCCAAGUCCGACCGCGAGAUCUUCCAGCUCGCGCAGCGCGCCUUUGUCAGCUGGGCGCGCAGCUACAUCGAGCACCAGGCGACGUCCAUCUUCCGGGUGGCCGACCUCGACUGGGUCGACCUCGCCAAGGGCUACGGCCUGCUCGAGCUGCCCAAGAUGCCCGAAGUGAAAGGGCUGGACCGGUCGCUUGGCCUGGCAAUCGACACGGCGAGUAUACCCUUCAAGGAUAAAGCCCGCGAGAAGAAGCGGUUGGCGGAGCUGGAGAAGUGGAAGAAGGAGAAGGCUGAGCGGGAUGCGGAGCGCGCGAACGGGAAUGAUGGCGGGGCUUCUUCGCUGAAGAGGAAGAAGAAUGAGGCUUGGAGCGGGAAGCAUGAGCAGGAGGACUUGAAGGCUGCUAGGAGGGAGAAGAAGAGGCGGAAGAGGGAGGCGAUGCGAUUGGGUCAGAUGACGGAGAAGGAGAAGGAGGAGCAGCGGAAGUUGGAGGAAUUGAUUGGUGAGGUGAGGAGGCGGAAUGCUGAGGAGGGGGUGGUGAAGAAGAGUGGUGGUGGUGGUGAGGAUGAGUUUGAGGGAUUCGAUGACUAGAAAGUGACCAUUCAAUAAACAAACGAACAAACAAACAAAUAAGUGGGUGAAAGGGAG